GUAAACCGUAUUAAGUAUUGUGACGACGGUCGGUCAACAUGUCGGCCCACAAACUGUUUUUAAUUAGUUUGUUUUUCUCCGUGGACUUUUUAGUUGAUUCUGUGGACCAAACGAGGAAACCUCAUAUUGUGUUUAUUAUUGCAGAUGAUUUGGGAUAUAAUGAUGUUGGGUUUCAUGGAUCCGCAGAGAUCCCUACUCCAAAUAUAGAUGCCUUAGCUUACUCAGGUUUAAUUUUAAACAAUUAUUACGUUAAUCCAAUAUGCACGCCAUCUAGAAGUGCAUUGAUGACGGGAAAAUAUCCUAUACAUACUGGAAUGCAACAUGGGGUCUUGUAUGGUAUAGAUCCCAGAGGACUUCCUCUUACAGAAAAACUUUUUCCUCAGUAUCUUCAAGAGUUAGGUUACAUAAAUCACAUCGUAGGAAAAUGGCAUUUAGGAUCUUGGAAGCGCGAAUACACACCUCUUUACAGAGGUUUUGCAACCCACUUAGGAUAUUGGACAGGCCAUCAAGACUAUUUUGAUCAUACUGCAGUCGAAAAGGGGGGAUGGGGCCUCGACAUGCGCAGAAAUUUAAGUGUCGCCUACGAUUUGCAUGGACAAUACUCUACUGAUAUUUUUACAGAAGAAUCCGUAAGGUUAAUUAAUAAACAUGACAUAAAUAAGCCCAUGUUUUUGUACUUAGCCCAUGCGGCAACCCAUUCGGGGAAUCCUUAUAAUCCGUUGCCUGCUCCCGAUGAAGAAAUUGCAAAAUUUCGAUAUAUAGAAGAUUACAAUAGGCAGAGAUUUGCAGGUAUGUUAAGCAAACUCGACGCAUCAGUGGGUUCGGUUGUAACGGCAUUAGAAAAACGAAACAUGUUGAACAACAGCAUUAUUAUAUUUAUUACUGAUAACGGGGGAGCAGCCGCUGGAUUUAACUUAAAUGCUGCAUCUAACUAUCCACUAAAAGGAGUAAAAAAUACCCUUUGGGAAGGGGGAGUAAAAGGUGCAGCAUGUGUUUGGAGUCCUAUGUUCGAGAAGCCUUCCAGAAUAUCAACUCAACUUAUGCAAAUUGUAGAUUGGUUGCCUACUCUUUUAGUGGCAGCUGGUGGAAAUACCAGUGACAUUUCCCAUUUGGAUGGAAUCAGUAUUUGGGAGGCACUUUCUAAAGAUGAAACUUCACCAAGAACAGAAAUACUGCAUAAUAUCGACGAUAUUGACAACAAUGCCGCUCUUAUGAUAGAUAACUGGAAGCUGGUCAAAGGUACAACAUAUGAUGGGAAUUGGGACAACUGGUAUGGUCCGUCUGGAAGGGAAUACGAUUAUAACAUCAGUUUAGUUGAAAAUAGUCCAGCUGGCGCGGCAUUUAGACGGCUUAAAAAACUACCCGACGAAAUAAAUAUUAAAAAUUUGAGAAAUAAAGCGACCGUUAGCUGUGAUAACGACGCCAAAGUAGAUUGUUUCCCACUUAAAUCACCAUGUUUGUUUGAUAUAUUGAAUGACCCUUGCGAAUAUAGGAAUCUGGCAGAUGAGUACACAUCCAGAUAUUUUAAAGAAGCUGCAAGAGCGCCUUCAAGUGAUAAAUGCUACCGCAAAACCACCAGGAAAUACUCCAACGGACCCACGAGGUGAUCCGAAAUAUUGGAACUAUGUCUUUACCAAUUUCGGGGACUACGAAACCCCAAUAAUUACUAUGGAGUAGUACAUUAAAAAAUUGAAAUUAAAUUUAAACAUAAUGUAAUAAUAUGAUUGUAGUAAUAUUGUAAAUUUUAUUAAUAGAA